UCCAAUCCUCCAUCCGUCCAUCGGUCUCGCGUUGCUGUCCAAAUUGGCGCCCUUCGCUGUGGCAAUAAAUUAUUUGUGGUCUUUUAACAAUUGAUUUUCAUUCAUCCAAAAUCAACAUUCACCUAUAUUUACAAUGUCAACCUCGAAAGCAAUCCGUUCCUUAAUAACCCGUGAAAAUGUAUGGAAACAUCUCUUCAGGUCCACAAUAAAUCAUAAUAGCCACAAAUUCGAUCAAACUCGAUGCUUGAGUAGCCUUGCCGGUAUCCUGAAACCAUCAAUUAGUAGAGUAACAUACAAUAACCGGAAAGAUUUUGAUCUCGCAUCAGGAAAUUUGUACAAUAACACUACUAUAAAACGAGGGUUUCUUGGCUGCGGUGACGGUGAAGAAGGCGGUGUUUUAUCGAAGGUUUACGAAGAGAGGCGCGUGUUAGGGUAUUCUCCUGAGCAGUUAUUUGAUGUGGUUGCUGCCGUUGAUCUGUAUCAUGGGUUUGUACCGUGGUGUCAGCGGUCGGAGAUACUGAAACAGUACCCAGAUGGAUCAUUUGAUGCGGAGUUGGAGAUUGGUUUUAAGUUUCUCGUCGAGAGUUAUGUUUCUCAUGUAGAAUUAAAGAGACCGAAGUUUCUCAAGACAACUUCAUCAGAGAGUAACCUCUUUGACCAUUUGAUAAAUAUAUGGGAAUUCAAUCCGGGGCCAGUUCCAGGAUCUUGUGACCUUUAUUUUUUAGUGGACUUCAAAUUCCAGUCACCACUUUACAGACAGGUGGCAUCCGUGUUUUUCAAGGAGGUAGUCUCCCGACUGGUUGGUUCGUUCAAUGAGCGCUGCCGAUUGAUAUAUGGACCGGGGGUCUCAGUCCUUGAGAAAUCUUACGGAGAGAAGGCAUAAAAGUUCUUAUAAAGCACGGUCUGAUGCUGGACGUGGAGUUCAUACGAAAACACUCUCGAGGUUCAGAUUAACAUUCCCGUCAUGCGCACUGCCCUAUACGGAACACUGAUCUCUUUAUUGAUCGUCAUUCAAAGCUUUUUGUCAACCUUAGCCCCAUUAGGCUUUCCCUUGUUGACUUCACUCAGAUUUUAAUUAGGCCUUUUUUGGUUUCGAAUACCCAUAAAUGCAAGUUUUUUAUUUAUUUAAUUGCCAAGUUAAAAUACCACCCAUGCUAAGACGAGUUCUGCAUCAAUAUCUAGAUAUGGAAUCUCGUUGUUUAGGUAAACUUGAGCAAUAAAUGUAACUGGAUUCUUAUUUGAUUGGGCCUCGGUUACUCACUUAUACUUCCCA